UCACUGUAUCAGGGAUCCUGUCGUAAUGCUACUGUUGUUUAUGUAUCACACAAAGAAGAUGAGCUGGCUGUCCUGAAGGGCUUACAAUUCAAACAGACAACUCCUAGACAACGGGGAGGAUGCAAGGGGAGGCAGGAUGGCCUUGAGUUGAGACACUGGAUUGGGACUUGAGAAAGCUGGGUUCCCACCUCUGCCUCCCACCUCGGUCACUUCCUGUGUGACAUCGAGCAAACUGUGUAGCAUUUGAUUCUCAGCUGCCGGAUCCUGUCUACCCAAGCCCUGGGGUCCCGCAGGGAGGCGCUGAUUGCCAGCUGUUGCUGCAGCCUGGGCUUGCGCCAGCUUCCCUACCAUCAUGACAGAGAGUGACACUGCCCCCCAUCCAGUAUUUUUACAGAUUUAUUGAUACAUAGGAGAAUGGCCUUGUGACUAAAGCAGAGGACAAGGAAUUGGAAGAACUAAGUUCUAUUCCCUGCUCUACCUUGCACUUCCUGUGUAACCUUGGCCGGAAGCACAUUUGUGAAUGACAUUAUAGAUGUGCAUGAAGUAAUGAAAAAUAUUGCCCAGUAGGUGCAUUGAAAAGUUUCUUUUCCAUCCCUCUCUUGGAGUAGAAGAGAAAAAGGGAGGCCUUUCUUAAGAUAAAGAUCAUCAGCAAUCCCUAGCUUGUCCUUGUUCAUGGGAAUUGGUCACUUGGUUUUUGAAUGCAGUCCGACCCUGCGAAGUAUGAAGCAGAGAUGCCUUCCCUGUUAUGGGGGUUGGAUCCUGUCUUUUCUGCAUUUGCAAGACUCUACAUUAAGGAUAUAAAGGAAAUGAAAGAAUCUAAGCAGGUUCCAGGUAUAUUCUUUUAUAAUGGACAUCCAAUAAGACAGGUGGAUGUUGUUGGGACAGUGGUUCUAACAAAAGAACGAGAUGCCUUCUAUAACUAUGGAGUGGAUGACAGUACUGGGGUCAUAAACUGCAUCUGCUGGAAAAAUCCCAGGGAAGCAGAAAAGCCUUUGUCAGGACUAGAUACAUCUUGCAGCAGUGAGCUAGUUCAACAGAUGAAGAAGCUCCAGGAAGAGGUGCUCCAGAAAACCAAGCUGGAAAUUGGGGAUGUUGUCAAGGUCCGAGGUCCUAUCCGAAUCUACAGAGAGCAGCGAGAAAUUCAGGCCUCCAUCUAUUAUAAAGUGGAUGAUCCUAUGUGUGAGGUUCAGAUUUCAAGGAUGUUGGAGCUCCCAUGCCUCUAUAGAGAAGUUUAUGAUAAGCCUUUCAAAAUCCCAGAGGAUGCACAGAGUGCCGCAGGUGGUCUGAACCUUAGAAGCUCAAUUGACUUGCUGAGCGAGAAAGUGAAAGACUUCUUAUUGGAGAACAGAAUUCAGACCUUUUACCAACAGGAUCUGGAAACAGUUGACGAUUUGGUGUCAUUGGCCAGUCAGCCUGUGUCCAGGACUGACUCUCAGCAGAUGGAUUCAAAAAGCGAACCCAGCUCCAAACUGAUUCACAGUGCGUUCAAGGAGGCAAUAAAGGUGCUGCAGGAAAAAGGAGUGGUUUUCCAGAAAUCAAAUAGCCCCAAGGAUGUAUAUCAUGUGACUGACCAGGAUAAGGAGUUACACAACGUGACCCUUCGUGUUGUCAAAGCAGAUUGUCGAAAACCCAGGCAUGCUGAAAAGGGCUGCCAUUUUCUUCACAUCUUGUGUUGUGUUCGCCAGAGCUACAGUCCUUAUCUAAGUGAAAUGGUGAUGCAUCAUGUCCUGAACCUGCUGGAGAGAAACAGUGAUAUUGUCAGCACCAUGGAAGGAUACUACAUGGCUUUCUGAAAAGAAGAAAUAAGAUGCAGGACAUCUGUUUGUGCAUGGUGCAGGCAGAACAAGAUUUAACCCAGUAACCACAUUGCCAGAAAGAGUAGAAAGGACUCAACAAUGACACUGAAAAGCUAAAUUGGAGAAGGAAAAUGGAAUGUUGAGUCAGAAAUGCUAUUGGUUCCAUCUUACUCUGAUUCCUUGAAAAAAUACACACCGCACGCUUUGCUUUAAAGCCCAUGCUGAUUUCUGCUACUCCAGGAAUUAAAAUACACAGGGAUCAUUACACAGUGGAAGUUGUUGUACAGGAUUGAUCCCACAGCAUCCAAAUAUCACAGUCUGCUAGGUGCAAGCUGCCUGAAGAAGUGAACAUUCUGAAUACAAUCACGGUUCUUCCUGAUAUGCUUCUCUUUCUCCAACCAUGGUACUUCCAAGUGGUACAGCCUGAUGGCACCUCUAUGUGCAUAUGCUAUACCAGCCCUAUGUUGCUACUAACGAGACCAUUGGUUGUAGUAGUAGUCUCAUCUGGAGUCAUAUUUUGGCUUAAAGAGGGUAGUGUUGUGACCUCUCUCCAUGUGAGUGAUAUGCUUUCUAAGGGCUAGUCUACACUUACCAGCCGGGUCGACGCGGUGAGUUCGACUUCUCGGAGUUCGAACUAUCGCGUCUAAUCUGGACGCGAUAGUUCGAACUCCGGAAGCGCCGCGGU